GCCAAAGGUCAGCCAAUCAGAUGAGCGGAAGUUUAACGUUGCGGUAAUCCGGUUCAGACAUGACAAGUGCGGCCGACUGAACCUCAACUCAGUCUCCGAUUUUCCAGUAAAACUAGAAUAUCUAGUGUAUCAGCACAGAGCCGGUCCGUGUGCACACUGCCAUGGUGGACUGACAAAUGUCGGAACGAGAAUAGUUUCCUCCGGAGCAGAACUGGUGCUUUGUGAGCGUGUAGUAGCUCCGUCAGUUGGCAGUGAUGUUGGUCACUGAGCCGCUGGAGCAACAGCGAGCAGCCUCUCCUCUGUAGGCCGACCGAGCCCUCCUCACUAACCGAAUGGGAACCCGGGAACUAUUCAGAAACUUGAGCUAAUACGCGGCGAGCCUACCUCAACAAUUCCUGCUAAAAGUGAGACCACAACAGCUUUCACGGUGGAAACAAGAAGAAGAGCGAAGAUGAACGCUGUGCGAGGGGGCACAGUAACCUGGCGUCCCCAGCCAUGGCAGGAUGGGGAUGGGGGUGGAGGAGAGCCUCUAUCAGACUCUGACUCAGAGGAGGAGGACUUCCCCGAUGACAGCACCACCCCAUUAGGGGACUACAUCACACAUGGACUGAAACAGCUUCUGGAUGCUCAGCAGCUGUGUGAUGUUACUCUACUUGUAGAGGGGAAGAAGUUCAUGUGUCACAGAGUCCUCUUGGCUGCUGUGAGUCCCUACUUCCGGGCCAUGUUCACCAGCCCUCUGGUGGAGUCCCGUCUCACAGAGAUCCGUCUGGAAGAGGUGACGCCAUCUGUCAUGGAGACUGUCAUCCAGUUUGUUUACACUGGUGAAGCGGGGCUCUCUCUGGACACGGCUGAGGAUCUGUUUGUGGCGGCCAACCGGCUUCAAGUCAUGCCCCUUCAAGACCUGUGUUCCAGGUUUCUGUUUGAGCACCUCUCAGUAGAUAACUGCCUGGGGAUGUACUCUCUGGCGAGGUCUCACCACGACCAACUGCUGCUGCGUGCCUCCCUCCGGCUGGUUGCACAGCACUUCCCCCGGGUUGCGCGGCAGAAAGACUUUCUUUUACUUGACCAUGGCACUUUAGGAAGCCUUCUCAGUUCAGACCGCCUGGGUGUGGACUCUGAGGCCGAGGUAUAUGAUGCAGCACGUCGCUGGGCAGAGCACCAGCCCUUGGACCGCUACGCUCACAUGCCCUCACUGCUUCACCACCUGCGGCCGGGGCUGCUGUCCCAAGAAGAGAGCCGAAGACUGAGCCAGGAGUUGGGACCCGCUGCAGCCGGUGAGGGCCUUGGGGGGCCCCUGAGACCACGGGAGGGAAUGUUUGAGAAAAAGAUAGUCUGCGUGGACUUGACACCCCGGGAAGAUGAGAAUUUAGCCUCAAGAGACUACACCGUGGACUGCUUUGAUCCUCGAACAGGGAAGUGGGAGAAGUUGGCAGCACUGGGAUCCCUUGUCAGUCCGGGCUGCACUGCAAUGGGUGACCGGCUGUUUGUAGCUGGUGGAAUCCUGCGGACAGGCUCUGUGUCUUCAGCCGUACAUGAAUAUGAUGCUGUUUUGGACCAUUGGAUAGAGCGACCAUCAAUGGUCCAGCCCAGGGCCAUGCUCGGUCUGCUAGGCUGUGGAGAGUCCCUCUAUGCUUUGGGUGGCAGUAACCGCUCGGCCCUGUUGGACUCCAGUGAAACCUUGGAGCUGUCGACACUACAGUGGAUUCCGGGGCCUCGGCUGCCGCUCCCGCUACGUGCCUUUGCCUGUGCGGCGUUACGUGGACGACUCUACCUUCUGGGUGGAACCACGCUAGAACAGAACCGGGCUGUAGUCCACUCAGGAGUGCUUAUUUAUCACACCCUAACUGACUGCUGGACACGUGUGGCUCUGGAAUCCGGCGCCACCUGCCUUGCUGGAGGAGUCGCCGUGCGAGGAGGAGUCUGUGCAAUUGGUGGAUACAUGAGGGACACGACUAAGUUCCUGGAUGGAAACUACACUAACCUGGAGACUUUAGAUGCUACUGGGCGUGUUUUGUUUUUCAAAGAGGGCAGGGGUUCCGGGGUAGAGAGGGAGGUGACUGGUGGAGGAGUGAUGGUAACUGCAGAGCAGCGUGGGGGUGCUAGUGGGGGAAGUGAUCGAGCUCCAAGCCCUGUGGUAUUUCCCGGGCUGCCGCGGCGGAUAGCAGCUGGGGGCGUGGCCAGGUGGAAAAGGAGGAUUUAUGUGCUCGGUGGGGAAAACGGCUCACGGUUCUAUGACAGCGUGUACUGUUGGAAGCCUGGCUGGCGCAGCUGGGUCCAAAGGCGUGAAAAGCUGCCCGGGGAUACAGGAGGAGUUAGCCAGUUUGGGUGUACGACUCUAAAAUUCCCCAAGAAACAUAUCCUGUCCAGACUGAGACUAGCCAAAGAAAACUGCAAGAAGGCCAUUGAGUAGCUUGACAGGGACAAGUGUGAGUGAAGGGGAGGCAGCCAUUACUGUGACACAGAGGCAUGGUCCUGGCUUAGUUUUGAACUAUGAAGAAACUAUAUUGUACAAAUAGAGUGCAGCCACAGAGUAGUUCAAUAACGACCUGGAAAUUAAAAGAUCUUAUGACAUGUAUUUCGGAUUGUUAGAGCAACUGGAGCCAGAAACUGGAUUAAAAUAGGCACAAAGCACCUGAAUGUACCCUAAAUCCAAUAGCUGUCAUAACAGUGAAGUUGUCUAAGAGAAACAGCAGAGUAAUGUUGUCAGCUUUUUGACGCGUUACAUUUUCUGGGGGCUUUUGGAGAAUCAUUUUUCACGCUGUGAAGUUUCCGGCAGUUCAGUCAUAUUUGUGAUGACUGGCUUUGUAUCAAUGAUUUGUCUGAACUGAAAGUUUUUUGACGUGAACUUUGUAUGAGGUACUGACACAUAGUCUGUAGGACUGCGCUGUGUGCAGGCAUUGACAGCUUUCCUAUUUACUCUGCAUUUACUAUUGUUUUUAGUUUUUUGUAAAGCGACAUAUUUGAAAAUUCAUGGAUAACAAUUAUAUUUUUGCGUUUGUGCAUGUAUACACACACACACAGUACACAGUGAAGGAGCACCAAGACACAACCACAAUAACUAUAUACACACGGUGCUGAGAUUACACCCUGUGUAUCUAGCAAAGAUUUGUGUUCACUUUCAUUUCAUUAUAGAUUGUUUAAAGAGAUCACCAAAUGUGUUAUUUUGUCAUUUUCAGAUUUAUGAAGCUAAUAGCAGCUCCUUUGUCCUUGUGACAGUGAGUAGUUUACAGACUACAAACCGUUUCUAGUUAGUCACUUACGGUGAGAUAAACUUAUUCUGUACGUAUCCAAGAUUUUAAUAAGUGAGCUUUUUGUUGAAGGUCUAAAAUCUUUUAACUUUUUGUCCCCAUUGGCAACCAUGUCUAGAGUGAGAGUGAGCAUCUGUCCACACUGAAUGAUUGAGCAGUGAACAUCUCACCUUUGAUUGUGGAGCACAUUUUAACUUAUGAGAGCAUCUCAGGUGCAUCUCACACAAGCACACACCUGUUGCCCAUUGUUUUCCAAGGAAACACAUUUCACAACAAAACAUAUGGUAAAAAUGAUCUUUCACCACAGUUUCCCCAUCUUCAUCCAGGUUUCAAAGUAAAAGCACAACAGCAAUUGAGUUCCACAGAGCUGUAUUGUGAAAUAUUUGCAGGCCUGAAGGAUGUGUGGCUUCAUACUGAAGAGUCAUAUGUAUGUAUAUAUAUAUAUAUAUGUAUAUAUA